AUGAAAGGAAGGCUUUGUUGGGCUUUAGUGGGUAGUACUGGCUUUGCCGAUAAACCUUGCAACGCACGCGAUGUAGGGAUAGAAGGAAGGUCGGUGGUAUGCGUUUGCAACGCUACUUACUGCGAUACUAUUACAAGAGAUGCACCUGCUCGGGGGACAUAUGUCGCUUAUACGAGUAGCCGAGCUGGCAAACGCUUUGAAAAAAGUAGCGGUAUUCUCAGAUCCAUAUGGAGCACGUCUUUAAAUAAUGGAAUAAAUAGCAAGAUACGAAGAGAAGAACUUUUAAAUUCAUCUAAUAACAUCAAUAUUUGGAGUGAGGCAUCAUACAGAAUAAAUCCUAGCAACAGAUACCAAACUGUGGAAGGAUUUGGGGGCUCAGUAACAGAUGCGGCGUCUAUCAAUUGGCGUAAAUUAUCCGACCGUACACAAAGGCACCUUAUUAAUUCGUACUUCAGUCGAGAAGGCUUGGAAUACAAUUUAAUUCGAGUACCGAUAGGUGGCGCGGACUUCUCUACGCAUCCCUACACGUAUAACGAAUACCCUCGGAACGAUAAGGCUCUUUCUAAUUUCUCCUUGACUGACGAAGAUUAUUUUUAUAAGCUACCAAUGAUAAAACAAAGUCAAGAGGCAGCUACUAGUGAAAUAAAAGUGACUGCAAGUACUUGGUCGCCACCGGUGUGGAUGAAGACUAAUGAAGCCAUUACAGGCUUUGCUCAACUUAAACAUGAAUUCUAUCAAACCUAUGCUGAUUAUCACGUACGAUUCAUGGAAGAGUAUGAGAAAGCGGAAGUCUAUAUUUGGGCGAUUACUACAACUAAUGAACCCAUAAACGGGAUCAUACCUUUUGCGGAUUUCAAUUCUUUGGGUUGGUUCCCAGGAGACAUGGGUCGUUGGGUCGCCAAUAAUCUUGGUCCUACAAUAAGGAACUCCCGUUUCAACAAAACUCUCAUUUUGGCUGUUGAUGAUCAGCGAUAUUUUAUUGAUCUUUAUUUAUGGGGAAUGGCAGAAGCAGAUCCGAAAUCAAUAGAAUACAUCGACGGUAUCGCAGUACAUUAUUAUGGGAACUUUAUUCCUGCGAGCAUCCUAUCAAACAUACAAAGAAGAUAUCCUGAUAAAAUUCUGUUAGCUACGGAGGCUUGUGAGGGUUCGAUGCCUUGGGAUGUAAUGCAAGUGAAGACUGGAUCUUGGGAACGAGCGGGCAGAUACACUAGACACAUUAUUGAUGAUUUAAAUAAUUUCGUCGUUGGCUGGAUAGAUUGGAACCUUUGCCUGGAUGAAAAUGGCGGCCCAAAUUGGGCUCAUAAUUACGUCGACGCCCCAAUCCUUGUGUAUGGGGAUAGGGAUGAGUUUAUAAAACAACCUAUGUUUUAUGCUAUGGGCCAUUUCUCAAAGUUUAUUCCGAGAGGAUCUCAAAGGGUUGAGGUGUUACGAUAUAGUUUGGGGCAUGUCGAUAAUGUUGCCUUUAUAACUCCUGCAGGCAAUAUUGUCAUGGUUCUACAUAAUACAAACACUUUCGAAGUUAACGUCCGAAUAGCAACAUCGCUUCAGAGAUUUGUAUUAAUUACAAUGGAGCCAGAAUCUAUUACGACAAUUGAAAUAAAUCAUAAUGUA